AUGAAGGCCCUCUUUCUGUUCGCUGUUCUCUUCUGUUUGGUCCAAAUGAACUCAGGGGACAUUCCACCUGGAAUUAGAAAUGUUAUCUGCCUUAUGCAACAUGGAACCUGCAGACUUUUUUUCUGCCAUUCUGGUGAGAAAAAAGCUGAAAUCUGCUCCGAUCCCUGGAAUAGGUGCUGCAUACCACAUACAGAGGAAGAAAAAAAAUAA